GUCAAUAGACAAUGAUAAGGUCCUCAGAGGUCAACCAAUUGACCCUCGUCGAGGGAAGUUUCAGACGGACACAGCGCGUGCCAAACAUGCACAGUUCAUGAACCAAGAUAAACAAGAUGGCCGACCAAAAGCAGCAGAUAAAGGGAGACGACUCCAGUCACUUCCUUCGAAGAAAGAAUCUCACGUUUCAGAAACUGAAGAGCGUCCAGUGAUCUCAGCUCCAUCUAAAGACCAGGGUAAAAUGGACGGACCAAUGCCGAAAAUAAACACUCUGGUACCAAAUGAUAGUAAAGCAAGCGCAUCAAACCCUUCCCAGCCUGGUACCAGUAAAUCUAAUACGACAUCCGUUUCGCCGGCAAAAUCAACGGAACCAACAGUGUCGCCAACAAAACCUAAGGACCCUAUUAUCAGUCCGAGAAAAGUAGUGCCAGAAAAUAAACCGGCGGAAUCUGCGGUGAAGACAGACAUUGAAAAACAGAAGGAUACUCGUCGUUCGGAGACAAAAGUAACAGGUGUUGCCGGACGUACGACCAAAGAUGAAGAUACUGUCAGGAGUACUAAGAACACAGUACCAACAAGUCAGAAUCGUUCUGAAGGAAGUCCAACAAAAUUAAAAGACGGAAAACAUAAACUACCGGCGGAUGAUCAUGGACCGGCAUACCCGAGUCCGAAGCCGGCCAAUGACGCAAAGCCAUCAGUCACCGGAGCGUCCAAGAAUGAUCCGAAUUUUAAUUACUAUGCAUCAGAGACUCAAAAAGCCUUGGGCGGUCAGAACGUUGUUGAAAAUUCUCCUCGAGUUCCGUCAGAAAAAAGUUCCAAAACUGAUAAAUCUUGGGUUACAAUUAAAACAAAAAACACCCAAAGUAGUCAGCCUUCAGGCCCCGUAAAGUCAAGAACCACUGUCGAGUUCUCUCAAAAUUCCUCAAUAGCAAAUAGUGACAAAAAGCGUCGUGAAGUAACUAUAGUUGAUCCAAAAUAUGUCCGUAGAAUGAAUCAAAGUGGUGAUGAUGACGGCGAACCGUUCAUGCAUGAAUAUGAAUUUAGUCAUAACCAAAUUAAGCACCAUAAAGACUUUAAAGAUAUGACGGACGAAGAAAAGAUAAAUUAUUUUCAGGAAACAUUACACAUGAAACCUGACCAAAUUAGAGAACUGACCUUUCAUCCAAAGGUCACAGAGCAAAAGAUGAUUCACCAUGCAUAUACAGGCAUUGACACCGUAAACUGGCAAUCUGGGCGAUUAAAGUCCGGAAAACGUCCAAAAUCAAAGAGAUACAGUGUGUAUAAAAAAGUAACUACCGUUCCGCCGGCGAAAAGAAAAAGUUUUAUGUUAAGUCAGUUGCAAGGAAAGGUUUAUAGACAUAUCAAUAAAGUGUAUGACAGUUCGCCACGAGACGCUCGUGAAAAACAAUUCUACGAAAAACUUGCCCAAAUUCAAAUUGAAGAUAUGCAGCAUCGUUACGAGAUGCUCGCGGAACGUGAACGAAGACAGUUAGAAGCCAAAUAUAGACAAAGAGAGCAGCUGAGACGCGUAAGACGUAAAUUCGAGGACGAUGCAUGGAGACGGUUUAUGACGCAAUACGUGACGUCAAAAGUUGUUGAAGCAGAACUUAGUAAUCGAGAGGAAUAUGGGUUACCAAAUCACCUUCAUGAUGGCCGUAGUAGGAACCCUUACGCUGUUCAAAAAGCGAAUUCAAAGAAAGCCCGAUUUGUUGUUACCCCAAGACGCAUGCAAAAAACUAAUCAAAAGAAAUACGCAACCAUAUUUAAAUACAACGCUGGUCCAGUUCCAAAAGUAGGGGGUAAACCUUUGAAGUUUGAAGGUUUCGACACUGUGUAUCUAGACACCGAAGAUGAGAACGAUAUGGAGGUUACUACGCCAGGUAAGCCAACUAAGAAGAGACAAAAUGUACAGGAUCUUAUGGAAGAGGCAAGACGCAUUCUAGACCAAUCAGAUGAUGACACGGACUUGGAAGUCACGCCAAGAAAAUCGCAGCCACCGGCACGACGGAGCCGAGCUGAAAGACCUCAACACAGUCGUUCACGAAACGGCAGACAUAUUCGAGAUGACAAAUCGUACAAAUCAUCCCAGUCAAAAACUUCACAGGCUUCCCAGUCAACACGCUCCAAACCAAUUCCACGAACUAUGAAAGAUCUUUUAAACCAAAGACGAAAAUCAGAGGCUCCGGUUAAUAGAUAUAAAGCUAGUAACUUCACUUCAAUGAAAGCUGAUUUAUUGAAAGACAGUAACUUUUUAAAUAAGAACGAUAAAUUAAAGAAACCACAAUCUGAAUUACAAAAUGUGGAAGUUUCAAGCAAACCUGAGCCAAACGAGAAACAAUCAAGAGACAAAAGUCCAGAGAAGGAACCUACAAUAGUUAAAACCGCAGAUAAGCCAUUUACGACAGAUGCUAGUCCAGUCAAAACGACAACAACUGUAACAACAACUCAGGUUUCUACAGUAAAAACAGAAACCACGACAGCGGACACAAACGAUACAGAUGAAAAGAAAGAAUGGAAAAUUAAAGAAGGAAAUGUGUUCCUGGACAAUAUGGAAACUCAAAUGGCAAUUGAAACCGCUCGUGACCACAUAGAUAAUAGGAAUUCACAAAAAGAUGCACCUAGUCGCCUCUCUAAUCACACGGAUAUAAAAUUACAAAAUGGACAUUCUCCCAAGAGCCUUGAAAAACCUGCAAGUCGGACACCAUCGCGCAUUAGUUUUAGAAAUAAACAGGAACAGUCUACGUCGGAUGAACAACGUCGUCCGCCAAGGGCCCACUCGAGGUCAAGUUUAUUUACAACUGAGAUUAAACCAAUAAAGCCCCCCUCACGAGCUCCCUCAAGAGUAAGUCUUAAUCCAAUAAAUGAAAUCAAAUCACAGGGAAAGAAAGAAAAUGAUGACAAAACCAAUGUUCGCACUGAGACGGUUUUUGUAACUGAAACUGUUACGGAAACAGUAAAUGGCAGUUCUUCAAAUACUCAACAAAAAACUUCUAUUCCAGGCUCAAAACAAAAUGUUAGGCUUGACAGUCGUCGUAAUUCUAUUUCUUCUUUACAGCCACAGCCAUUGAAUGGAUUCAAAGAAGGAAGUCGUCGAAAUUCUAUUAUUUCCACUCAGAAUCAAAAACAUGUCAGCGGAAGAACAAGUGUCGUUGGCAUAGCAACAAAUAAUGGGCGCGUUUCGCCUGCAAUUGAAAAGCAACGCCAACCUGCAAACAACAUUGAGAAAGAUGUAAAUAGACAAAACAAAACCACAGAUAGGAAAACAAGUAUUUCUGAAAAGACAUCUGUAUUGAAUGGUGAUGUGACUGUUAAAACAGUAACUAACAAUAUUCAAAGGAAUGACAAUGUGUCUACAGAUAGUAAGCAAACAAAUAAUGACAAUUCUUCUCCUAAAAAAGUUGUUACUAAAUCAGUGAAUGUAUCAGAAGAUGUCACUGAGAACGUUAUUGAUACACACAAAACUUCAGUAUCUAAAAAUAAACAAGUGCACAAGCCUGAUAUAACUGACAGAAGACGUAGUGACGAUAAUUCAAAUCGUUCAAAUAACGACGCACGAUCACGAAAUAAACCAUCUUCUAAUCAUUCACCGGAAAGUAAAGAUGUAAAAGAAAAUCCAAAACACGGGGGAGAAAUACACAAGAAAGAGUCAUCCAAGACGAAAAAGACACCAGCUGGUAGGCGGUCGCGAUCACGGACACCUCAACGUAAACAAAGUAUGAAUGGAACAGGUGAUAUCAAAAUGAAUAUGGAUGAAUAUGAAAAGAUGGGACAUGACGGAAAAAGACCAUCACGCCGCUCUGGAUCAAAGGAAAGAGGCUCGAAUGGCAGGAGGCGAAGGUCAACAUCCGGUGGUCGAAAAGCAUCUAAAGGCGGUAGAAAAAGAUCAAGAUCCAGUGAGAGAAAGAAAUCAAAGUCUAGAUUUCCUGAUAUAAAUAAACAGGAUGGUAAAUGGAAAAUCACUGCUAGAUCCCCGUCUCGAACUGUGGAAAGAUCUGAAGAUGUGAAUGAGUACACUACAGAAAGAGUGAUCACUCCUAAACCCGCAGGUGCCAACCAAUGGAAAGACUUGGUUGAGAAAUAUCUCAGGCAACCAAGCCCGAAAGUAGGGAGAACUGAGGACCGAUCAUUACUUGAUUCUAACAUUACUGAUGACGAUGAUGAUGACGAUGAUGAAAUGGACAUUUUUAAACGUGCCCAGAUGAAGUACCAGCUCUCUGUCGGUAAAACGGAUGACGAAGAUUCGGACAUGGACUAAAAAGCAAUUUAUGUUUAUGAAUUUGGCAUUAAAUAAGAGAUGAACGAAAUUUAGAGUUUUGAAGAACUGAUAUUUGAUAAGAUUUCAUAACCUAUUUCUAUGAAAAGUAAAAUGAUGCUAGUGAAACCGAUCUGUCUUAAAGGAAAAGAUAAUUAAAGCUCUAUUUAAAUAAAACCUAUAUGUCAAUUGACCAGAUCCUCGUAUUUGUUUAAUGAAACCAUCACAUUAUAGGCCUAAUCGAAAUUGCAUUGCAGCAUUUGAGACACAUGUGCUAAAUUGUUCAAAGUCGUUUAAGGAAUUUGUUGUAACUUCUUCCAGUUGCAGUGAAACUUCUCGCGAAUUUUCUUUUAUGAAUUAAGGAGAAAAAUGUUAUAACUAUUUUCAGUCUUUGAAGCUGAAAAAAGGAUGUUAUAUAUCAUCAUAAUGUGCUUUGAUUUUAUACUUUCGUUAUUUAUCAACAUGUAUAUGUCAUGUACAUAAUGACUGACACUGCCUGUGAUAUUUCGUUGUAUUGGAAUAUAUACUUCCGUACUUUGCAGUUUAUUUACAUAUGUUGACUUUUGUAUAUAUAUGGAAUUAUAUGGAAUUUAUAUAUCACUUCGUAUGUACAUGUGAUUAAAUCCGAAGUGCUAACACAACAACUAUUAAUUGAUCAUAUAAGACAUUCACUGUUCCUUUUUCGUUUUGAUGUAUGUAUAUAAACAUAAUUCUGUGAACCCGCUUAUGUUACUAGAAAAAAUAUAUUAUUUAUUUAUGUA